AUAGGUCCGUGACAUGGAUCGUGGAUCUUCAACUUAAAAAGCUUAAAAUAGCUAUUAUUUGACAACAUUUAAAACAUUGAACAACAAAGUCUCAGGCAAUUUAGUAUAAAAUGACAAUUAUAAAUCAUUUUAAUCGAGCUAAAGUAAAAAAGAGUUCCUCGUAUACAUUACAAGAAACUAAAGUUGGGUCUAAAAAAACAGUAUUUUCACUGUUGCUCUUGAACUACAAUCUAUUUCUUCAUUCCUUAUUGAAAGAAGCCAACAGAGAAGCCAGAAAUAAAAGAUCAAAAACUACAAAAGCAGAACAUGUUCAGGCUGUAGCCAAGAAAAUUGUGAAAAAAUACAGAAAGUGAUCACUGAUGUUGUUUGGGGUCAACAUGAAAUGAGACUUCUGCUGCCUUUGUUUUAUUCUGUACAUAUUUUAACUUUUUAUUGAGUUUAUUUUAUUUACAUUGAGAAUAAGAACAAUAAAGAGAUGUGUUUAUAGAACAAAAAAAAGGCAUUUGUUUUAUCUUCAACAUAGUAAACAUGCGCCUAAUUUUCACAGCUCUUUUAUUUUUGUUUAUUUUACCAAUUUUUUUUUUUAUAAUUACUUACUUACAAACAAGUACAAUAUAAAAAAAAAUACUUUUUAAAAUACAAAGCUUAUAUUAAGUUUAAUUGUAUCAAUUAUUUUGACUCAAUCAUGUUAUUAAUUGGUAAUAGAUCUAGAAUAAAAAAAAAAUUGUUUUGGAAAUAUUUUUA